AGACCGCGCGUCUCGCUCUUUCUGCAUUCCACGGGGAUUCCGCAUCAUCAUAUCAUCAUAUUGGCGAGUACAACGGCACGCUGAGAAACGCGUAUUCGAUUCGUAACCGGCCGUGCGGCACUCAAAGCUGUGCGAUGUGGGAGAGAGCGAGACAGAGACGGGAAGAGAAAGAAUGAAAAGAGGGGAGACCCUUCGAUCGUGCCCACAUUCCGCACGAGAGCAUCUUUCCGCAUCGAAACGGGAUGCACUGACCCAUCGUAGUGUCGCGCACUACCCCUGUCACAAACGCUGUCGAUACAUGAGGCAAACUCAUUCGUUGAAGACAUGAGUUAUCCAAUGCCAACGAAUCAGUCCAGACCAAUGUCUCAAGGGAAUUAUCAGGGCCCGGGCGACUUGCCCAUGGGUUCUGCCAAGGAGCAGACACUGAUGUGGCAGCAAAACUCCUACAUGAACGAUUCAGGCAUCCAUUCUGGCGCCGUCACUCAGGCGCCAUCUCUUUCAGGCAAAGAGGACGAAGAGAUGGAAGGGGAUCAAUUGAUGUUUGAUCUGGACCAAGGAUUUGCACAGGGUUUUACACAGGACCAAGUUGACGAGAUGAAUCAACAGCUAAAUCACACUCGGUCACAGCGUGUGCGCGCUGCCAUGUUCCCCGAAACGCUGGAGGAAGGUGUGGAGAUACCUUCCACACAGUUCGACCCGGCGCAGCCCACCGCUGUACAAAGAUUGGCAGAGCCGAGCCAAAUGUUGAAGCACGCUGUUGUUAAUUUGAUCAAUUAUCAGGACGACGCUGAUCUCGCCACUCGCGCUAUUCCCGAAUUAAUUAAGCUCCUGAACGAUGAAGAUCAAGUGGUCGUUUCUCAGGCAGCUAUGAUGGUGCAUCAAUUAUCUAAGAAAGAAGCCUCUCGUCACGCUAUCAUGAACAGUGCGCAAAUGGUGGCCGCAUUGGUGCGAGCAAUCUCUAACAGCGACGAUCUAGAAUCGACGAAGGCCGCGGUCGGCACCUUGCACAAUUUAUCACAUCACAGACAAGGCUUGCUGGCCAUUUUCAAGAGCGGCGGCAUUCCCGCACUCGUAAAGCUGCUAAGCUCUCCAGUGGAAUCCGUUCUUUUUUACGCAAUAACGACGCUUCAUAACUUGCUGCUCCAUCAGGAUGGCUCCAAAAUGGCCGUACGUCUCGCCGGUGGAUUGCAAAAGAUGGUCGCUCUACUGCAACGCAACAACGUUAAAUUCUUGGCCAUCGUUACCGAUUGUCUACAGAUUUUGGCAUACGGAAAUCAGGAAAGCAAGUUAAUCAUUCUUGCUUCACAGGGUCCCAUAGAAUUAGUGCGCAUCAUGCGCUCUUAUGAAUACGAGAAAUUGUUGUGGACCACAUCGAGAGUGUUAAAGGUACUGUCUGUUUGCCCGAGCAAUAAACCCGCCAUCGUAGAAGCAGGCGGCAUGCAAGCACUCGCGAUGCAUCUCACGAAUCAGAGUCAACGAUUGGUGCAAAAUUGUUUAUGGACAUUACGUAAUUUGUCAGACGCAGGCACAAAAGUCGAGGGGCUGGACGCUCUGCUGCAAAGUCUCGUACUUGUACUCGGGUCAGAGGACGUGAAUGUCGUCACAUGCGCGGCUGGCAUUUUAUCAAAUUUAACUUGCAACAAUCAACGCAACAAGGUUAUGGUGUGUAAUUACGGAGGUGUCGAAGCUCUCGUUCGCACGAUUGUCAACGCCGGCGAUCGAGAGGAAAUUACCGAACCGGCGGUGUGCGCAUUGCGUCACUUGACUUCGCGUCACGGCGAAGCGGAAAUGGCGCAAAAUGCAGUACGAAUGAAUUACGGAAUUACAGUUAUAGUUAAAUUAUUAAAUCCACCAUCUCGCUGGCCGUUAGUGAAGGCGGUGAUUGGUUUAAUCCGCAAUUUGGCUCUGUGCCCCGCGAAUCACAGUCCACUACGCGAUAACGGAGCAAUACAUCAUCUCAUAAGACUUUUGAUGCGUGCAUUCCAAGACACAGAACGAUAUUUGCAGCAACGGUCAUCUGUCGCUAGUACCGGCAGCCAACAGCCGUCGGGCGCGUAUGCAGAUGGAGUGCGCAUGGAUGAGAUAGUGGAAGGUUCAGUGGGAGCGCUUCACAUUCUGGCGAGAGAGUCCCAUAACAGAGCGAUAAUUCGAUCACAGAACGUGAUUCCAAUUUUCGUACGAUUACUGUUUAACGAGAUCGAAAAUAUUCAACGCGUGGCGGCCGGUGUACUUUGCGAACUGGCGGCCGACAAGGAAGGCGCCGAAUUAAUAGAGCACGAGGGUGCCACUGCCCCAUUGACAGACUUGCUGCACUCCAGGAAUGAGGGUGUCGCCACUUACGCAGCAGCGGUGUUGUUCCGUAUGAGCGAAGACAAGCCUCAGGAAUACAAAAAACGACUUUCCAUGGAACUGACGAAUUCCUUGUUCCGUGAGGACACAAACAACUUGUGGAACAACGCAGACUUCACCAUGGCUCCAGAUCUACAGGACAUGCUUGGCCCUGAUCAAGGCUAUGAUGGUAUGUAUGGCCAAGGACCUCCUAGUGUACACAGCAGCCAUGGCGGUCGGGGUUAUCAACCUCAAGGUUAUGACCAGAUACCAGUAGAUUCCAUGCAAGGGUUGGAGAUAGGUGGUGGUUCGACGUACGGCGCAAUGGAUACUAUGGAUGUGGCGCACGAGGGUGAUUUGAGUUUCGAUCAUUUGGAAGAGCUUCCCGCACCGCCCCAAGAUAACAACCAGGUGGCGGCUUGGUACGACACCGAUCUUUGAAUUCGUACCGCCGCCAAUUUCGCCAAGAGAAGAAGAAAGAUCGGUAGAUUGUGUUAGAAAUGUAUAAGCGAGUCAAAGUUAAAUUCAUUCUUAUCGUACGGUUUCUAUGGUUUUUAUUCUAUUGUUUAUUAUUAAAAAUGCAUUUUAAAAUAUAAAAGACUGAAUAAAUAAAUAUUCGCUUAAAAGUAAUCAAUUCUAUCAGACUGAGAUUUAUUUAGAGAUUGAGAUUGAUCGAUUGAUUAAGAUUGCUUUUCUUUAUAAUGCAGCUUCGAACUAAGCGGACUUUUACUUUUAUUAUUCGAAGAGUCGAAGCUUUAUUGUAAAAAUCUGCUCAGUUCGAAUAAUCGAAACUGUAUUAUAAAGAAAAUUAAUCUUAAUCAAUCAGUCAAUCAAUCUCAAUCUAUCAAUCUUCCCUUCCUCUCUUGGCGAGAAAAUAUAUCGUCUGUAUGUAAUCGCCUAAUAUGAUCAUUCACCCGAGCAUAUAAACAUUAUAUCGAUGUAUUAGAUAUAAGACACAUGUAAUUCGUACACACAUGUAUAUGUAUCGCCUGUAUGUAAUCGCCUAAUAUGAUAUUCACCCGAGCAUAUAAACAUUAUAUCGAUGUUUUAAAUUUAAGACACAUGUAAUUCGUACACACAUGUACAUGUAUCGUUUAACUGUCCAUAAAAAUAAAAUUAACCGAAAAAUUA